CCUAUUGAAACUUUGUGGCACGGGAUGAAAAAGGUUCUACGAGAACAUCCUGCUCGUACAAUCACCGAACUGAGACGAAAGCUUCAAGAAAUAUGGGAUUGUUUUACACCAAAUUUUUGGCAAAACUUGGUUAACACUAUGCCCCAAAGAAUUUCAGCCGUAAUAAAAAAUAAAGGUGAUGUUACCCAAUGGUAAUCUUUCAAUUGUUGCUUUGUUAAUUUCGCGCAUUUAUUCGCACAUUGUUUAUUUGUUCAGAUGUUCUAUUAGUUAUAGGUCUAAGUGAUUUCAAAUAUGUAUUUUUUACGAGUAGAGUGUAUCUAAACUGUUUUUG